GACUUGUCUUAUCCUACUCAGACGGACAAAAUCAUCCCUGAGGGGAUCCUGUGAGAUGAGCUGACUGAGUUCGCAAUCCAUCCGGGCUGGGACCUGAAGGAGGGAUUCAUUGCAUGGAAGCUGCUCUAAUAGACUUCACUGAGGACUGGGAGAGAGGAACUGGGAAUCGCUCCUUCGGCUGUGAAUUACUCCAGACCACUGGCUUCAGCUCCACUGUGGCACUGACUCCGACUGGGAGCCCCCAUUGCCAACUUGUCCAUCCCCCUCUUCCAGCUGUACCCCUGCUGUCUCUGGCUCCACACCUCCCGGGCCAUCUAGAGGUGUGAAGGCACUGACAAAGCGGAGGAGGGGAAGUGUGCCACCCGCUAACAGAGGGACAGAAGGGCGUUGGCACACCGUCCUAGAAGAUGAUGUGGAGCCACCCCAACCAACUUUUAGGCCGAAAAGGAAGCCAGGACCUCAGGUGAACCCGACCACAACUUACACCCCCCUUCAGCUUUUUCAGCUGUUUUUCACACAAUCUGUUGUAGAUUCGCUCGUGUCUAACACAAAUAAGUAUGGGGAGAGGAAGCAAGCAGGCAAAAAGGUAGCAUGGAAGCAUAUCAAUGUCAGACUUUUUCUGCUACCUUUCACUGGUCAUCUACAUGGGGCUGGUGAGGCUGAAAUGCCUGAAGGACUACUGGACUCUCUACCAACUGUCUUUCCCCAUGACUGUUAUGUCCUGCAAAAGGUUUCUGGUUCUCUCACAGGCGCUUCAUAUCAGUGACCCAAAGGUUGAUGAAGAGAAUGAGAAGAGAGGCACAGCAACGUUUAAUAGACUGUGCAAAAUCAAACCUCUCUACCACAGCAUUGUUGAGGCCUGCAAGACGUACUUUCAGCCAGCCCAGAACGUGUCAAUCGAUGAGAGGAUGGUAGACUCAAAGGCCAGAAUUGGCCUCAAACAAUACAUGAGAAACAAACCAACCAAGUGGGGUUACAAGCUGUUUGUGUUAGCUGAUUCUGUGUGUGCCUACACAUGCAAUUGCUUUGUCUAUGAGGGGAAGAACAGUUUUGCUACCGGUAAAGGACUUAGCUAUGACUCUGUAAUGGAGUUAUUGGAUUUUCAACUGCUAGGGAAGGACUACAAACUGUUUGUGGAUAACUUCUACACAAGCCUUACCCUGUUUGCAUCCCUAAGGAAGCUGGAUGUGUGGCCUUGUGGAACCAUUCGUACUAACAGGGUGGGCUUUCCGAAGACGAAGGUGAACGACAUGCCUAAGCGGGCUGAGCGGGGGACCAUAUGCGAUGGAUCCGUGAAGAUGGCCUGCUUUUUGUAAAGUGGAUGGAUACCAGAGAGGUGGUGAUGUGCACAAGAAUCCACAAGUCCUUCAAUGGGGAUCAUGUUGUCAGGCGUGUGAAGGACGGUGCCGGGGUUAUGGACCACCAAAAAUGUCCCCAUUCCAACUGCAGUAAAGGACUACAACAAGAGCAUGGGAGGUGUGGACCUGUCAGAUGCACUGAUAGGCUAUUACAGUGUUCUACGUAAGACAAUGACAUGGCACAAGACCUUCUAUCAUUUCAUUGAAUGCAUUCAACCUACACAAGGAAAUGGCUGAGCUGUGGAAAGCCCUUCCUCUCACAGAAAGCCUUCAGAGAGCAGCUCAUCAAGGAGCUUGCUGGCUACAGCACCACUGCACCAAGCCCUUUCCCGUCUGCUCCUGCCACAAGUGUUCAUCUGCCCAAAUAUAUUUGUGCAGGCAUGGAUGUGCCUAAGGGCCAAAAGGGCACAACAUGGAGGCGUUGCUGUGUUGUUUACAAGAUGAAGUACCCUAUCACAUGCACCACCACAUGCUCGGUGACCCUCUGCUUUACAUCAGAAAGAGACUGCUAUGGCAUCUGGAAUCAGCAGCAGAAUAUUGUGUAGAGCUUUGGCAAAGUGGGUAGGAUAAUAUGGCAAAGUGGGUGGGGGCUGGGGUCAGUUUGUUAUAUCUGGAGUACUUUUCCUGUCUUAUCCGGUGUCUUGUGCGAAUUUAAGUCUGUUCUCACUUUUUCUCCUUCUUUCUCUCGGAGGACCUGAGCCCUUGGACCAUGCUUCAGGACUACCUGCCGUGAUGACU